AAAAUGUGGUUGGCCUUAGCCUUGGCCCUGGAAUAAAAACAUUAUCCAGAAAAUCUAACAUUUCCACCAAUCCUUCACUUCCUUUCACGAUCCCAAACCAACACAAGAAAAUGCAACAAAAUCUUCUCCAUCUCUGAACUCAAAAACUCAUUCUCUAAAAAAAAAAUGGAGACCCUUCUCUCCCCUCGUGCUCUCUCUCCUCCUCUCAACUCCAAACCCACUUCCACUCACCAGACCAAACCCACUUCACAUUCCUUGUCUCUCUCAAAACCCACAACCUUCUCCGGUCCUAAACACCUCUCCACCCGGUUCACUAAACCGGAAUCAAGAAACUGGUUAACAGAUGCAAAGCAAGGACUAGCUGCUUUAGCUUUAUCUCUAACUCUCAGUUUCUCACCUAUUGGCACUGCUUUAGCUUCUGAGUUCAAUAUCCUCAACGAUGGUCCACCAAAAGACACUUACGUAGUCGACGAUGCUGGUGUUCUAAGUCGAGUGACGAAGUCAGAUCUUAAGAAGCUUUUGUCUGAUCUUGAAUACAGAAAGAAACUGAGACUCAAUUUCAUUACUGUCCGAAAGCUCACUAGUAAAGCAGAUGCGUUUGAGUAUGCAGACCAAGUUUUGGAGAAAUGGUACCCUUCAAUUGAAGAAGGUAACAAUAAAGGUAUUGUUGUUUUGAUCACAAGUCAGAAGGAAGGAGCUAUUACUGGUGGUCCUGCUUUUAUUGAAGCUGUUGGUGAAAACAUUCUUGAUGCUACCGUCUCCGAAAAUCUUCCCGUACUAGCAACGGACGAAAAAUACAAUGAGGCGGUAUAUAGCAGUGCAAAACGGUUGGUUGCAGCUAUAGACGGUCUACCAGAUCCCGGUGGUCCAACAGUAAAGGAUAGCAAGAGAGAAUCAAAUUUCAAGACGAAACAAGAAACCGACGAGAAGAGAGGACAAUUCAGUCUUGUCGUUGGAGGAUUACUUGUAAUUGCCUUUGUAGUUCCCAUGGCACAGUACUUUGCUUAUGUCUCCAGGAAGUAAGUAAACUCGGUUCACUCUCGUAAACCAAACCGAUCAGGUCAGAACUUUGUUUUACCUCGGUUAUUUGGUUAUGGUUUCUUGGUAAAUUGGUUUAUUUGAGCAAUAUAAGUAAAUACAUUAGUAACAGAAAACUAAAGAAUGAAUGUAACAGCAUUGUUUAAAAUUUUAA